AUGGCGGGUGCUGGCGGUACCGGUGUGCGGCCCUCUGCCCGGGGUCUGCGGGGACCUGCGGGGGAUUGUCUUUUCAGAGCAUUACAUACCAAGUACGAGAGAGGAAGGUCCCUUAUGUACAAAGAAUCAGAAUUUAUUGAAAGUGGAACAGAGAACAGUAUCAGAUCAUCUGGUCAUUUCCUACAAAGUUCUAAAGACUGGGACUGUUUUGGUGAUGAGCAAGAUACUUUUUGUGAGUCAAGUGGCCUAGAAUUAGAAGAAAGGACCCUUACUUGUUCUGAAACUGAUUCAGUUCAAAAUACAGCUAUUUAUGUGGAAACAGGCAGCACCUUACCAUUCCAUUUAGCUACAAGGACACGAAAAAACAGUGACCAAAAUAGUGCCAAUGGCUCGGUAAGGAAAAUUAUGAGUGGAAGUAAUGCUCAAGCAUGCAGUGGUCAAGACUUAAUGCCACCUCACAUCAGUCAAAUUUAUGACGAGUUAUUUGUCAUACAUCAGAAGCUCCAGAGGGAAAGUGCAGCACAGCAGGAAUAUGCUCUGCAACUCCAGAAAAGGGAGCAUUUUCUAACAGAGCGAGAAACAUUGCUUUUCAGACAUGAAGCAGCUUUGGCUAAAAUAAGAGGUGUUGAGGAAGAGGUUCGCACAAAAUUUGGAAUUAUAAAAGAGCAACACGAGGCAGAGGUUAAACAGCUGACAGAAGCAUUGAGAGAAAUAACUAAAGAAAACAGAAGGCUGAAGUCAUCAUUUGACACCUUGAAGGAAAUGAACGACUCUUUAAGAAAACAGCUAAGUGAUGUAACUGAGCUGAACAAGAAGCUGGAAGGUCAAGCAAGAAAAGUACAAGCUCGUUUAGAGAAUCUGCAAAGGAAGCAUGAGUUCUUAAUGAUACAGAAGUCUAAGAAUACAUGUCAAGUGGUGCAACAAAGUAAACCUGUCAAGCAGGAAAAAGGGAUGGUAAUGUCAAAAAUUACUAAGCUACCACUGAAUUUACAAGUUUAUGAGCUCGUAACUUUACUUAUGGAUUGGAUCUCAGACCAGCACCUUAGCAAAAUAAAAAUACAAGAACAAAGAGAGAACAGUCAUAAUCUUCUGGUUAUCCAAACCUCAAAAAAACCCUGCACCCAGGAAAGGUGUAUGAAGCUUUUGCCUAUAGUUGCAGAGCAGCUCCAGUGGAUGCCUUUUGUGAAUCCUAAACUACACAUGCCUGUGAUUAAAUUUAUUUACUGGUCUAUAAGGCAGCUAGACAACGAUAUCCAGCAUGCAAUGGUGACAUCAACAAUGAGGAGGCUUGGUGAAGAUAUUUUCAAAGGCAUAGUAAGUAAGCAAAGCCCACGUAAUUCUUCUGAACAGUCUACAGAGAGUAAAUCAAAACCAGCAGCUUUCUUUAAGAGUACCUGUCUGCCUCUGAGGUUUCUGUCAACGUUAAUUGUGCUUAAAACAGUGACACAAGUGGAUUACCUGGCUCAGGCAUUUGAUUCUCUUCGCAUAGACUUGAAGACAGAUGAAGGGAAGGCCUUAUUUUUGGAAUAUCAAGGUGUGCCUGUCAUAUUAAGCCACUUAAAAGUGUCCAGCAGAGGUCUGCUUUCCAGUGCUCUUGAUGGAUUGCUUCAGAUGACCAUGGAAUCUGGUUACUUGCAGCCUUUUCUGGAAGCCUGCAGUAAUGAGCCUUUCUUCCGUACUUGCUCGGUAUUACUUCGAAGUUCUAAGCUGGAUAUUCAGAUUUUGGAAAAGCUCUGUGUUAUACUGCAAAAACUCUCCAGAAUAAAAAGCAAUAAGAAGAUGUUUGAAUUGUUCACUCUUCACCAUAUGAUCCAAGAACUGCAUAGGACAACAAAUCCAGAGCACGCUUUCCUCUGUAUAAACCUCAAUUCAAUUCUGAUGAAUUUGGGAUUGUCAAGAAGAAACUCUCUUAUCUCCAGUCCAGGCACAAGCUACUAGCACUGUCUUUCAAUCUAAUUAUUGUUCUGUAUUAUUUACACCAACUGCCUGUGUUACUUGAAAUUUGGACUUUUUGCUAGUUUCUUAAAGCAAAGCCUGAGUACUGUAUAAGUUGCUUUGCAUCAUGUGGAAGCUCAUUGAUAUUUCCCUCAUUCAUAA